UAGCCUGUGCGGCUGUUUAUUAUCCCAGUGGCCAACAAGAGCCAUUAGCACUGAUCAGCACAUGUGGUAACUCCGCUUCACUCUGCUUGAGCUCACUUUUAAAAUCGUAUGCAUUUUAAGGGCGUCAAGGUUGUAGCAUUUCCUUCAAAUAACAUCAGUUGGUCGGUUUAAGAGUUAAAAACACCGGCAGCUCAAAUGAGCUCGAAGGCAGGCAGGAUUAAACGCACCAAAAAUGUGCGUAAUUUGGAUUCGCAUGAUGCGCCUUCACUCGCGCAAUCAAUAAUCGAUGAGCAGCCAAAUAUUAUAUCUGCCGGGCGACAGUUAGACAGGACACCUCCAUCUAAAAGUGAAGGAGUAACAACAAGCCCCCCCAGCAAACCAGAUGGUUCUCCAGCGUCAGAACAAGUGGUCAAAGAUGAGCCAUGUGGCCAGGAAAUAACUAAAACCCUUUCUUGUAAUGGAUCUAAUGAAGUUCUCCAGCACCCUAAAGUUAAAGAUGAGAGAAAGUCGGUCAGGAGGUCAAGUUCUACCGCUGCAUCAGCAACCUCUGGGAAUCCCGAUCCUGAAAUCUUCAUCCAGGGAAUGCAGGGAUACAAAUGGACUGACACAGACCUGGAGUUUGUCUAUCAAACCAAACGGAAAAAGCGAGUUCAACAGGCACAGCAAGAGUUAAGCGACUUGCAGAAGUCUCUGAAGAGCAUGAAACAAAUGCGGGACAUGGGCUUUGCUGCGCUUGACAAAAUACAAACAGAACUUUCUAAGGUGGCGUCGUGUGAACGUUUACAGCAAAUUUCCAUGGAAAUACUUCUGAGGUCCCAGAGCUCUAGUCAGCUGGAAGGGCUUGAUCUUAAAGCUCUCCUUGCCAAGCUAAAGGUUGUUGAUGUGCACUGCACUACUGCUGAGGAGAAGGCAGAGGUCAGCAAACUCAACACAGAGCUGGAAAAAGCACAAGUAUCGAGAGAAAAGGAGGAGCUACUCAUGAAGGACAUUGACAGUUUCAAGGAAAACAUCAAACAAAUCAAGGUAAAUGUAGAUGCGCUGAAAGCAGAAAUAUCUGCUCUGGAAUCCCAGCUGUCCUGUAAAGAGGAGACACCACAAUCAUCUAAACCACGGCAAAAAGGCAACAGAGCCACCAAACCCUCUACUGCCCCUAAACACCUUUCAGACCCCAAACCUCCCGCCUCUUCUUCUGCUCCAAAAACCUCCAAAGUUCCUGCUACAAAAACUUCCAAACCUUCUCCUGCUCCAAAAACCACCAAGCCUACUGCCACCCUGAGAGCCCAGACUGCAUCCAAACCAUCUGCCUCACCUCCUGCAAUAAAAACCUCUAAAGCUCCUGCUCCAAAACCCUCCGAACCUUCUCCUGCUCCAAAAACCUCCAAACCUACUGCCAUCCUGAGAGCCCAGACUGCAUCCAAACCAUCUGCCUCACCUCCUGCAAUAAAAACCUCCAAAGCUCCUGCUCCAAAACCCUCCAAACCUACUUCUGCUCCUGUUGCACCAAAACCCUCCAAACCUACUGCCACCGUAAAAGCCCAGACUGCCUCCAAACCUACCACUGCCCCAGAAGCCCAGGAGGGCGAUGUCGGAGGCCUCCGCCGCUCAAAAAGAAUUGCUGGUAAGAAAAAGUAGUGGAGAAUUAGUAGAAGAUCAGUUCAUUCCUCCAGCUCAGGAAGUUGUUUUUUGAAAGUUGUUACUUUCAUUCAGGACAGACCUAUUUUUGAAAAACGUUUUAAUUUGCAAUUAUGUAAUUUACAGUAGACUUUUAGACUUGGAGGGAGUAGUUUGGUGCUCUCUAGUGAAUAUUUUGAGUUUAGCAUUUAUGGACACUCGAUGGUGGAAAUCAGAUGUAAUUCUGUCUAAUGGUAUAACCACAUUGAUGUAGUUUUUUCAUUGUUCCACAUGUUAAGAGUGUUUUUUUUUUUCUUAGAAGAUGAAUAAACAUUUUUUUUUCAA